AACAAUUGAGGUUUCUCUUUAAACGCUUCCUAUUUUCCCAAAUUUCUUCGCAUCUAAUCUUGCAUUAAGCUGCUCUUGAACAAUUGUAAAAUUUCCAAUCUUUUUAUCAUCUUCUUUCUUCUACUUGCCCUAAUUAGUCUUCAUAUUUCUCCUAAUUUUGCGGUUGAAUGUGCCAAUGGUUUCUGAAACUCAAAGAGCUCGUUCUGGGUAGACAAAUGUUAUAAUUUGCCAUUUGUUGAAAUUACGAAAAUGGCAGCACAGUUAAUAAUCAAAGAAUGGACUGCAAUUCAGCAGUUUCCCGCCGCCACUCAAGAGAAGUUGGUUAACUUGCUGUCAAAAUUAAAUACUCAGAAUGUUGACACUUUAACGAUCCUUGUUAUGGGAAAAGGCGGUGUUGGUAAAUCUUCAACGAUUAAUUCGAUCAUAGGGGAACGAGUGGUCACUGUGAGUGCUUUUCAGUCGGAAACCCCAAGGCCAUAUAUGGUUUCACGUUCGCGAUUAGGUUUUACGUUGAACAUUAUUGACACCCCUGGACUCAUUGAAGGAGGCUGUGUCAAUCACCAAGUUCUAGAUUCCAUAAAAAGAUUUCUGGGCAGCCUCCUUAUGACCAAGACAAUUGAUGUCUUGCUUUAUGUGGAUCGUUUGGAUGCAUAUAGAGUGGAUAAUUUGGACAAGCAGAUUGUGAAAGCCAUCACCGAGGGUUUUGGCAAAGAUAUCUGGCACAAGGCAAUGAUUGUCCUUACUCAUGCUCAGCUCUCACCUCCAGAUGCAUUGAGUUAUGAGGAGUUCUUUUCCAAGAGAUCAGAAUCACUUUUGAAAUGUGUUCGACAAGGGGCUCGGAUUAGCAAAAAGGAAGUUAAGAACUUUGCUAUUCCUGUUGCACUCGUUGAGAACAGUGGGAGGUGUAACAAGAAUGACAACGAUGAGAAGAUCCUUCCAACUGGAACCCCUUGGAUUCCUAGUUUGGUACAUACUAUCACCGAUGUUGCCUUAAAUGGAAAAAGAGGUAUUCUCAUCGACCAGAAAUUGAUAGAAGGGCCUAAUGCUAAUGACAGGGGAAAGCUCUUCAUCCCCUUGAUUCUAGCAUUCCAAUACUUGUUCGUCAUCAAACCAAUUCAGAAGUUGAUCAACAACGAUGUUUCUAAAGAGACUAAAUCGUCAUGGGCAUGAGUGCUUAUUCGUCUCUUACUGGGCGUCCCUCUAAUUUGAAAAACAGGUAAUAAUGGCGACCUGCGGCUGUAGAGAUGGCCUAGAUUUUGUAAGCUCAAUCCGCUGGGCUGUUCGUGGGCCCUAUCUUUCCGGCUAUACAUAUGUUUUCAUUCUGGAAUCCAGAUAAUAUGGCUCUAACUUUGUUCUUAGUGCCGGCUGCUACUGGAAUGAUCAAGUUUUGGUUUUGAGAAUUCACUGUUUUGUUAUUAAUCUCUUGAUAUUGAAUUGCUGAGUAUUUGUUACUUACUCUUGCUAUAUACGAAAGUAUUUCUGAAAAUGUGAUUUUGUAAA